AUGACGGAACCGGAGAUUGAAACUGAUCAGACAGUGACUGAUCAGACGGAACCGGAGAUUGAAACUGAUCAGUCAGUGACUGAUCAGACCAGCGAACUUUUGAAGGAGGUUAAGACGGAUGCGAUCGAUACCGAUCUAACGGAAGACGCAACGACUGAUGAUCAAAUAUCCAUCAAAUACAAGAGUAGCGAUUAUCAAAGUGAAAUAAAUGGAGAUAAGGAGGAAGGAUCUUGGGUGGAUAGGAGAUGGGCUCGCGAGGAUGAAUCCUUUUGGCCCACUUACAUGAAAUCAUACGUGGAGUCGCGGUUGAAGCUGAAGAAAGAAGAUGAGCGAAAGACAAGAACGCCCGAUGUCGCGGAAGUCGUCGAGGGGAUAUUUCCUCCCUACGAGUGUUUUCCCCUCGGCGGCUUUCAACUUGAGCAUCGACCUAGGACGACUGUUAGACCAGAUCGACGCAGGAGGAUGCAAAUCUGGAGAAACAUGAGAGCGAGACAGUCGAGGAUACGGGACAAGAAGGGGACAAGAAGGAUAUUGAGAGUUAGAAGCAGAAGCUUAUGGCCAUGUCUGCGAGAUGCGGAUAUCGAACUAGAGACACGGGAGAAGGGAGGACGGAGGAAACGAAGAGAUAAAGACGAGCCUCUUCUGCGCGAGCAAAGGAGUGACUUCGCUAAUCGCAAAGAAUUGGGCCACGUUCGCGUGCCAGUGUCCUAUCCGGAGAUGGAGUUAUCCUAUAUGAUGAAUCGCGCAGCUGGCGAACGUCCUGGUCUGGUAGACGGUGACUAUGUCAUCGUGCAAUUGCAGUCCAAAGGAAAGAGUCGCGUUUACGCGAACGUAGUUCUUCACGGCUUGAAGGGCAUGCAUUUACCGGAACUAAGCCAGCUGCGAGAGCGCAGAAACACUUGGAAGUUCUGCUUCUAUCAGGCAAUCGUCGCACUGUUAGCUAAAACUCAGCUCAGAUACAAAUACGCAUGGAGCGCCAAUAUCGAUUAUAUCUAUGACCACGCCUGGAUGCUUUACACCCACAUCGGCACGAUUAACGUAAAGGCAAAGCAGCGUCUGGACGACGUCGUCGUGUACAACUACAAAUACAACGUUGAGCUAGAGCUGAUUCAGGAAAUGAAGGAUGUACCCGCGGCGAACGUCACUUUCUUCUACGGGGAGAGAGGCCUGAAGGAGCAGAUUACGUUACGCAGGAAGGAUCCCCUGCGAGUCAGAGUGGAGCUCGGAUGUCAAAAGGUGACGGAUCCCAAAUACAUGUCCGUGCACGCAGGCGUGCGAAGGAUCGAGAAAUGGCUCGGUAAACUGGCCGCGCGGUAUCGCGAUUGCAUAUUUCGCACGAGCAGAUUCUCGCUGGCGUUCUGGCAAGACGGUCUCUUCUGGUAUCUCUACAACCCCUACCGAUGCGACGAGUUCGGCUUUUGGGACGACGACGGUCGCGCCUGCAUCGUGAAGUUCUGCUCCGCGGACUCGCUUCGGAGGCAUCUAAUGAUCCUUCUGCUGAGAGCCUACGCGUACAAGGUAUCGAGUACGCGAGACGAGGAGCCAUCCAACGUCGACGAGGAAGGCACUUUUUUUGACGUUCAGAUCUUCCACAUGACCUUCCAUUCGUGUCAGCUGCACAAUCUGAAACUAUGCGACGCGUUCAAGCGGUCGCUACGAGGCGCCGACGAGGCUCCGUCGGAUUCGCUCGAGAUUGAAGAAGAUACGGAAGACGCGUCCGAGGACGAGGACGAGGACGAGGAUUGCGAGGAUCCGAGAGAAACGAGGGAGAGAGUCACGUGGCUGAGACGUCGCGGGGCGACGACCUGGGGCAAACGUGAUCUUACCAAACGGCAGAAACCGGGCACGGCCGUCCGUAAAGCGAGGUGGCAUCAGUACUACGUGGAGGAGCCCAAUAGACUCUUCUCUCUAUGGGGCGAGAUACACAUAACCGACGGUAUGUUCGACGAGGUAAACCGCGGGAUGCAGGCGUACGCCUGUUACGUGGUGUGCGCCGGCAUGACCAGGAUCACGGCGCCGGAAUGCUGGAGCCCGAAGACCCUCGACGCGAUUGUAAUAUGCGGGGAUCGUUAUUACACCUAUAGCAAGCGCAAGGCCGAGUCCGAGUUCGCCAACGAGGAAUUCGUUCGCGGGGGUCGUUUGGCCAAGUAUCUGUCCGAUCGCUUCGAGAUCGGCGGGAUUCUCUUCGAGGUCCGGGUAUUGCCGGCCGUUUGCGGGAAAUUGUACGCCAAGUCGAGCGAGUGCCUGUGGAGAACACUGGAACGUACGUUCUCGCGUUAUCACUUCGCCAUACUGACGUGCGAGAGCGCCUGUCUCGGCCUCUUCAAGUUCUGCGGGGCUUACUACGUGUGCGACGUGAACUCGUACGGUCCACCGCUUUUCCAACACGGCUACGGCGCCGCGUAUCUACUGAGAGCCACGUCCUUCCGCAAAUUCGUGCCGGUGCUCGUGCUGAUAAUCGACUCGCCGGAACAGAGCCGAUUCACUCUAAAUCCCAUCGAAAUCCUGAGAAUCGUUGAAAUGGACGCUACGCUCGAGUCUCGCGCAAAAGCGCGCGAGAGGAGAUACUGCUUUGGAAAACUCGCCGGCAUAAUGCCGGGGGCAUUUCCGAAAUUUGCAUUCGAUGGGCAAAAUGGGAGAGGAGUGAAAAGAUAA